AGGUGCACUCGACUCACAAUGUUGAGAGAAACCGCGAACGCCAUGUCGCUGCCAGUCCUGGAAUUAUCAUCAUGGAGCAUCAUCCUGUUGCUGUGCACGGCGGGAGUACGUUCCGGUCUGCCGCAGGGCAGGGAUCUGCCCACCCAGAGCCUCGAUGAGUUCCGGCAGCGGUACUUGCUGCCGCUGAUCUCCUCGGACACUCGGAACUGCACGCUGAAUGCCUGCGAGUCGCUGGGCAUUGUCUCCCAGCUGCUGAUGCUCAUCAACUCGAUGCCAAACGGCACUCAGUCUGCGGCCAGAGACCAGCAGCCGUCCAAGCCGAAGAAGGAAGUCCAUGGUGGCAAUGGCGAUGCCAACAGCGACGAGGUGAACGCCAUGACCCACCUGGCAAACUUUGACCUGGUGAAGCGUGUGCGUCAGAUCGAGAGUCGUCUGCGGUCCGUGGAGCAGCCCAUCUGGCACCUGUCCAGCGGCAGCCAGAUCGAGUGGAAUCACUGCACCUCCGGCGUGUGUCGCUGCAAUCCGGACACCAAGAGUUUCACCUGCUGGAACACGAACCUCAAGUCGGUGCCGGUCACCCAGGUUAUUCCCAUGAAUAUGGUGUCCAUUGAUCUCUCUCGGAACAUUCUCUCCACGCUGCACAAGGACACCUUUCGGGGAUUGACGCUGCUGAAGGAGUUGGACAUCUCGAACAAUGUGCUGGACUUUCUACCCUUUGAUUUGUUUCAGGACUUGGAUAGUCUACUGCAUCUUCGCAUUCAGAACAACCAACUGGAGGACAUUGAUCCGCGCACCUUUUGGAAGCUGCGCAACCUAAACAUUCUCGAUCUGAGCAAGAACGCGAUCGGUCUGCUGCCCGAAACGAUCUUCUUCCAUGCCCAGCGGCUCACCGUGAUCAACAUGUGCGACAAUCAAAUAAAGAACUUUCCCCCCAACCUGCUGCGCGAUCAACUGGAGCUCGAGGAGCUCGACAUGUCACGGAACAAGAUCGAGAAGCUCGGCUCCGGCAGUGUGCGCUCAUUGGACAAGCUGAAAACUCUCGACUUUGGCUGGAAUCAAAUUGCCCGGAUAGACGAUGAUUUCUUUGCGGGCUUGACGAGCCUGCGCAUCCUGAUGCUGCACAACAAUCGCAUCUCAUCGAUUUCGGCCACCAUCUUCAAUAAUCUCGUCAAUCUGGUGACCUUGGAUCUAACAAUGAACCGGAUCAGUCAUAUCGAUGGUCAGGCAUUUGUGGGGCUGAAACAUCUGAAUGAGCUGCUCCUCGGCCAGAACUCAAUGUCCAGCAUCCCCGCAGAUCUCUUCCUGCAUGUCAGUGCCCUCACCCGGUUGACGCUCUUCUCCAACAAUCUCACCACCCUGGAGGAGGAUGAUUUCCAGGGACUCAGCAGCCUGAAGAUUCUCAUGCUGAACAACAAUGUUCUCAAGUACUUUGAUGCCAGAGCCUUUGAGCCGCUCACCCAGCUGGAAAAGCUUCGAAUUGAUUCCAAUAAGCUGAUGUUCCUGCCCACGGGGGCGCUGCAUGGACUGGACAAGCUGGUGGCCGUCAAGUUGGACAAGAAUCCGUGGCACUGCGACUGUCGUGCCCUCUACCUGGCCCGCUGGAUACGCGAAUUUGUGCUGAAACUCUGGGACGGACAGCAGCCCAUGUGCCGGGGCCCCGGCGAUUUGGGCGGGCACGAGGUGGGCCUGCUGCGCUACGAUGAUCUGUGCGAUGGCCAGUGGGCCAGCAUGUUGUCCCUGUCGCCACGUCUGCCGGUCCGCAAGCACCGCAUCUCCACUCCGAUGAACUAUACUGACUAUUUCAAUCUGUACUUGAAGCACAUCUACAACAAGACCACCGACGAGGAGCUCAAAGAGGCAGAGAUAACCAGCGUGGCCAUCAAAAAGGUGCAUCACGAUUGAUCGAGGAUUUACAAUUAGUUAUUCAAUGUUAAAGCUUAUGCUAGA